UAUAUUUAUGUUUUCAGUUGUCUCCACGCCCAUCAGUUGAUGCCCCGUCUCAUGUAUGCUUGCCAAAAAUACCUCAAAGAUGACCAGCUGGAAACACCUAUAGGGCUGAUCACCAGACUCGUCCUUAGUAACAACAUCUUCAUUGAUCAAUUUUGCUCAUCUGUCAAAGAUUUAAAGUUCUUGUCAUUUCUCAGUACCUGUAUAUCACCAGCAAGCCCCGUGUCUGUUGUCUGUGAUACUGUAUCUUUAUGUAAUCACCUUGUCCGAACAUCUGCUCAACAUGCCACCCUGGUAAAGUCAGUCAUACAAUCAAAUAAAGGUGAUCCGGACAAACUGAGCACAUUGAUCAACCAUCAUUCAUCAUCAGUAAAAUCACGGACAUGUAGUUUGAUAGGUAAUCUCAUGAAACAUAAUGCUCACAUGUAUACAUUCCUGAAACAGCGGGAGAAACUGUUUGAAGGUUUGAUCAGCUGUCUCAAAGACGAGGAUCAAAAUGUCAGAAAGGGGGCGAGUUACGCAGUGGGAAAUGCAGCAUUCCAUAACGACAGCUUGUAUGUGAAGUUAAAAACAAGCAUUCCACAAUUAGUAGAGUUAUUGAAAGAUCCAGUUUCUAAAACCAGGGUGAAUGCCGCAUGUGCAUUAGGAAACCUUGGUCUUCAUUCAGGGACGUUAUCUUUCCAAUUGAAAAAAUGCAAAGUUAUUCAAAGGUAG